AUGUCUUUGUAUUAUCAGAGGAAUCAGGGAAAUGACAGUUAUCCCAGUUUAUAUAGCAAUUUUACACCAAUCGGGGGCUCAGACUGGAGCUUUUCAACCUCCGUCGGUUGCUUAGAUCCGAAUACAACCAUCUUCAGAAAGUCCCAUGCAGAAGGAGGGAGAUUGAUUCCAAGGUGCACAGAUUAUGAUGUUUUCCUAGAAACUACAAUGAAAUUUAACAAUACCCAUGUGUUUGACUUUCCCGAUAAAUGUUUAUCACGAGUAAUUGAUAAAUUCUGUACAGACCAUUUGCUAGUACCAAAUAUAGUUCACUAUGUAUGGUUUGGAGGACGUGAAUUCGAUUUCAUAUAUUUUGUUAGUUUCUACAGUGUGUUCAAAUUCCAAAAACCUUGUUUUAUGUUUCUUUACUAUGAUGUUUUGCCAUUUGGUGUGUGGUGGGAUUUGUUACAAACAUUGGUCAACAACAUCGUGUUCGUCAAAUUAACGCCUCCAACUCAGAUUUCUGGAAAGAAGAUCAUAUAUGUUCAACACAAGUCUGAUAUUAUGAGGCUUAAAAUAUUAAAAGAGUAUGGAGGCAUAUACCUUGAUACAGAUCAAUAUAUUCUAAGAUCGGUUAAUGAGUUCCGAAAUAAAGAGUGUACAAUGGAUAGAGGUCCUGACGGAGGCGUGGCAAAUGCGGUCAUAUUUGCAGCUAAAAACGCCACAUUUAUAAACAUAUGGAUUGACAGUUACAGAGACUACUAUCCAAAUAAAUGGGGUAAAAACUCAGUAAAGAUGGCAAGGAAUCUUUCCUUAAAGUAUCCACAAUACAUUCACGUUUAUGAAGUUAACUGUAUUUUCUUUCCUGGGGAGUCAGUUUUGUAUAAUGGGAAUUAUAAAUGGUCUCAUAGUUUUGCAAUUCACUUUUUCAAUAAAGACUAUUAUUAUUUUUCAAAGAAACUGGGGAAAUUAAACCCAAAUACUAUAAAAAAUUUAAACAACACAAUCGGUGCGGUAUUUCGAUAUAUUUUGUAUGGAAAUAAAGAACUUUGUAAAUAG